CUAGGAUUUCGACAAAAGCCGGGCACACGCGAAACGCGCUCAUUGAUCCUAAAAUCAGAGCGGCAGUGCAAGUGCGUUGCUCAUUUGGAUACCGCUGACGCGCUGUCGCAUCCAUUCCAUCGUUAAAGCCCCAGCACACUUUGCCAGCCGAGCUCUCUCCGAAGCCUCUCGAGCUGUCCAAGCACAAUGGUCGACUACAGCAAAUUCAACACCAUCGAAGGAGCCAGCGACAGCGACGACGAGAAGCAAACGGUCGAUCCGGACAGAGCCGAGGCCUGGCUGCGCAAGUACGACGAGCUCGCGAAGGACCACGCGUCGAGCGACAGCGACAGCGACAGCGACAGCGACAGCGACGAGCCGACAAUCGCCGGCGUCGACUGGGCGAAAGAGGGCGCCACGCGCCUCGGACCCGACAAGUACGACGCCGCGCUGCGCAAGCGCGAUGCGAAGCUCAAGAACCCCAUCCCCGGCGACGCCACAUGGCUGACGCCAACCGAGAGAAGGUGCCUCAUGCGCCACGCGUCGCCGGGCCCGACGGGCGCGUUAUUCGCGGGCGAGCAGCUGCCCUCAAACCUGAAAGAUGCUGAAGCGGUCCCCGCAGCUAUACUACACCUGAAAGACCCGUGGCCGUCCGUCGACGCGGCGCAGUUGUACGCCCACGCGCGUGUGGCCAAGAAGCUCGACGCGACGUGUUCCGCGCGGCUGCGGGAGGACCUCGCGUCGCGCACGCACUUGAGGCUGGCCCUCGCGCGGUACUUCGUCUCGAAUCAGAUAGACGCGACGGGCCCGACGAACCGCCCGGUCUGCGAAAAGGCAGUGGAUGCGUGCUGGGAAUCCAUUAGAGAGGCGGCCGCGGGCGAAGCGGGUGCAUGGGACGCGGCCUGGGCCGUGCGCGCACCGUGUGUCUUGGGUGCCUUCAACGCGGCAUCAAUGGUUUCGGGGUCGCAUCGACGGCGUCGAGCGCCACGCCAUCGAUAGCGGAUCGCGUCGACGGCGUCGAUCCCACGCGCAGGACGGGCCCCUCGCGUGCGCGUCUCUCGUAGUAGCGGAGCCGGGCAUGCGCCCCUUACAGUUAACCGAGGGCAUCAAGCGCGUCGGCUGCGAAGUUUUAUUCGCCCUGUCUAGACGGGAAGAUCGGAAAGAUGAGUUAAUAGCGGCGUGGCAGCGCGUCGAGCCCGGCGACGCGGACGCCGUCGAGGUCUUCGUCGAGCCGCGCGGCCCGGCGCCCUCGUUCUUAUUUCAGCCCCUGCUCCAGGGUCGGGUCGAGGACCACGAGUUGGUGAGUUACGUCGCCUACGCGCGGCACGCCGGCCUGCCGAAAUACGGGACGCUGGCGCUUUGUUUGGCCAACGCAUUACGAGAAGGCAUCCGCAAGCUCAAUGGGGCGAGGCGCGCCUCGGCUCUACAAGUGUUAAAUCCAGCUUUACAACAAGUCUUGGCGCUCGAGGACGACGAUCCAGACGAUAUCAAGGAGUGGGCCGGCUUCGGGAUGGGGCUGCAGACCACGCUGCGCGGGUUCCUACGGGCCUUGACGGCCAUCGGUCGCUUCUUCGACGACACCGCUUCUACAUCUUCGGAGUUGCUUAACAAAAUUCCCGGCAAAGAUGAUUUAGGGUAUGAACCCCUGACGGAUCCGAUCUUCGGCCAUUCCGUGGAUGCCUGGUUGCAUAGUACGAUACCGGUGAAGGACGGCGUCCUCGCGGCGCGCGGCGACCGCCACGGGCGCGUCUUACGAGGCUGGGCGUCCGCGUUACGGGGCGCGGCCGUGGCCGCGGUCGCGGCCGUCGGCGCCGACUACGCGAGUGUGUGUGAGACGCCUCCACCAGAUUCGUGGCUGGGCCAGGAGGUCCAGUUGGCUUUAAGCGUGCGCGGCUGGUUGUUUGUGAAGACGCAAGUGAAGGAGGGCCGGUUUACGAUCGAAUUCGACAAGGGCCAGCAGACGCCGUCGUCGCAGGAGGCGUUACCCUGCUUGCACGCCAUGCGCGGCUUGGUGACGGAAGCGAAGAAUGGGCCAAAGGGUCUGGGCGAGGUCUCGCUCGUCCAGGCGCGGUUCGUUCUUUCGGAGACGCGCACGGUGACGGCCGUGUCCCUCGCGAAGGGCGAGGACGACGCCGUCGCCACGUUGUCGUCGACGCCGGACGACGCCGUGGUCCUCGUCGACGUCUGCGACGGCGAGCACGCGUGCGCGUGCUGCGGCGCGCGCGCGACCAAACAAGUCCCCGUCAAGGCUUGCACGGGCUGCCACCGCGUCGCCUACUGCUCGCGCAAGUGCCAGGCCUCGCACUGGAAGAAGGGCCACCGCAAGCUGUGCCCGCGGUUGAGGGCGUUAGGGGUGAUUUGAUCCGCAACGGCCGCCGCGGCUUCGGCCUGCCGGAGGAGAGCUAACUUAUCUUGUUUUACUCACACACAGUACUUAGUCGCGUCGUUGGCGU